AUGACAACGGCACAGACUCGCUCCGAGGGCGAAGAUCGCACCACUUCAGUCGUAUCCACCUCUUCCCAUACCCAUGUCGACUUCCACGACGGCCAAUCACAACCGCUGAACUCAAAGACGGCCGUUUCUCACACCGCCGAGGCCAAGGAAGAGCCACACCAAGCCGAUGUUUUGCCUGAUGCCGUUGCCGCUCCCGCUCCCCUUCACAUUCCCGUCACAGCCCAUGUCGGACAAGCGAACACAAACCGUCAGUCAGGAGCCGCGGAUCGACCACCACCGCCAAAAUGCUUGCAGAGCUGUAUCGAAAGCAUAGAAACGUGUACGCAGAACGUCGUCCGCUUCAACGAACGUAUGGAACUCAACAGAGCUCAGGCAGAAGCGUCUCGACAAGAGAACGGUGAUCCACUCGUCGCGAGGAAGGCCAUCAUACCGUCGGUUUUCGUGAUCCUGUCCUGGGUUUUCCUCGCAUACGUAUGGCGCUUGUGUAGCCGCCUGAUACAGCAGAAUGCGCAAGGCAUGGCGUUGGGAACCAGGCAAGAAGGCAUUGGUCUGCUGGUUGGAUUUGUUAUUCUUUGGUUGAUGGCCGUAUGGUCGUAUGUGGUGGUCAUCUCGAAAGGGCCUGGGCUGGUGAAGGACUAUGUCAGUGAAUCGGGACCCCCUGCCGCCACUGCGGCGCAGGAAGAGCCCUGGAAUGGCGCGCAAAGAUCACCUCAGCAACCGCUUCAAAAUGUCACUCAACCCAUGCCAAUUCCGGGGCAGUCGCAUCAGAACUCAGACGAAUCUGCGAUGCACCGCGAAAAUGCUUCCGCGCCAGCAGCAUCGACAUCUUUGCCUUAUCCUUCCUUCAAUGCCGAUUUGGAAAGGUUCGGAGGCAACCGCGCCUCUUCGGACAGCAUGCGCGUACUUCCCGGCUCGGUCGAGCCGAAGCACAUCAGCCAGCCUGCCGAACUGUCUCAAUCGCAGUACGGGUCCAGAGACGCCAUUGCGCAGCAGACUGAAACAGCAGACACCUCUGUAGCAUAUGUUGAAAGGCAGCUAGACGCCCAAGUGCCGCCUGUUACGGCCAACGCGGAACCAUCGGACGCAGCAGCUGAUCCGCAACUGCCAGGCGUCGUCGGUCCGCUCGCGGCUGCGGCUGUUGCUGAAGGCCAGGGCAUGCAAGAGGGCGCACAGGAUCUCGAAGCUGCCACCUCCGGAACAUCACCAGCUGCCCAUGGCAAUGCUACCGCAUCUGGUUGGGCACCACCUCAACGUCGACCUACCAACGACCCUCCGCCACUCUCCGCCUCGGCGCUCUACUGUCAUCGGUGUCGCCUCGUCAAACCACCCCGAGCGCACCACUGUCGUCGCUGUGGCGUUUGCGUUCUCAAGAUGGACCAUCACUGUCCCUGGGUCGGCGGAUGCGUAGGGGCGCACAACCAGCGCUUCUUCUACAUCUUUGUCUUCUGGGUCACGCUUCUCGAACUCUACACGCUCAUCACCACUGCGAUCUUCUUCCAUCGCGGUGUCAAAUCUCUCGGUUCCAGUCAGUGGAAGGUGGAUGGAGUCUUGAUAUCCUUGUUCCCGAUCUGCGCGAUCUUCUUGAUAUUCACCGGUGCGUUGUUGGGGACGCAUACGUGGUUGAUGGGUCAUAACAUGACGACGAUCGAGCAUGUUGGUAUCAGCAAGACACAGGGUAGGGAGAGGAUGUUGGUGGAGAGGUGGUUCGCGAUGCAGAAACAGACCGGAUUGAAGGGCGUCAAGGCGAGGAGGAACAUGGUGAGGGAAUGGGAUGCGGAGUGGGGAGGACUGACCAACGAAGGGAAUCGUUGGUGGUUGGGUGGCGAAUAUGAGCUUCAUCUGCAGCAGCAGGCGGAUGGAGCGCAAGAGAAGUCCGAACACACGGCAAGUCACCCUGCAAAGCCAGGUAAAGGAUCCUUCAGGACCAACGUCGAACAGGCACUAGGUUCAUCCGCUGUCCUGUGGUUCGUACCACUCGGAACGCAUCCCAACGAAGGGCUCCACUUCCCAAUGAAUCCCAGAUUCGGUGAGGGAGGUGUUCAGAGGAAGAGGCAAGAUUGGCCCCCUGCACUACGCUAA